AUGGUUUUGGUGCAGCUGAAUUCCAAUUUCAAUCAUCACAGUAAGUGUGAGAAGCUGUCCAUCACUCAUCUAUCAUUUGCAGAUGAUAUACUUCUUUUUAGUAGAGGGGACCAGGUAUCUAUUGAACUUAUUCUCUUUACUUUCAAACAAUUUUCUGAAUCAACUGGUAUUAUUGUUAAUCCUUUGAAAUGCAAAUUGUUUUGUGGUGGCAUGGAUGAUAGUACUAUCCAUAGGAUACAAACUAUAACUGCUUUUGACUUGGGACAACUCCCCAUAAGGUACUUAUGGGCCCCUUUAUCCUGUAGGAAGCUGACUAUUAACCAUUUUAUGCAUAUGGUGGAUAAAAUUGUUGGUAGAGUGAAGCAUUGGUCCUCUAAACUUCUCAGCAGUGCUGGCAGGAUUCAACUUGUAAAAAGUGUUGGGUUGGCUGUGGCACAAUACUGGAUGGCUUGCUUUCCCCUUCCUAAAUUUGUGCUGCAAAAAAUUAAUGCUAUUUGCAGGGCAUUUAUAUGGGCUGGAAAGAUUGGAAGCAGAAAAAGCCCCGUGGCUUGGGUGAAUGUCUGUAAACCGAUCAAGCAUGGGGGCCUUAAUAUUUUCAAUCUGGAGAAGUGGAACAAGGUGGCCUUACUUAAAUGUCUUUGGAACAUUUGCAUAUUGCAUUGGAUGCAAAUGAUUGAUACUAAGGACAAUGACCUUCAAUGGAUCAAGAAAUAUACUCAUGGCAAGGAAUGGAAGCAAGGCUUAUUCAAGGCUGUAGAAGCAGAGACCCUGUAUGACAUAUGGACUCAUAGGAAUAAGGCUGCAUCUCAUAAUAAUGCUUAUAAGGCGAAUUUUUUUCUUUUCAUUUUCGUUUCACGAUUUGUGAGGGCAAUGCCAUCAACUACCAUUGCUGGAAGAAGAAGUGGAAGAAGUGAAAUAAAGAAGUGGAAGAAGUGA